AUGAGUGAUAUUGAGAAAGGCAAAAAGAUUUUUGUUCAGAAGUGUGCCCAGUGCCAUACUGUGGACAAAGGAGGCAAGCACAAGACUGGGCCAAAUCUCCAUGGUCUCUUUGGGAGGAAGACAGGUCAGGCUGCUGGCUUCUCUUACACAGACGCCAAUAAGAACAAAGGCAUAACCUGGGGAGAGGAUACGCUGAUGGAGUAUUUGGAGAAUCCCAAGAAGUACAUCCCUGGAACAAAAAUGAUCUUCGCUGGCGUUAAGAAGAAGGGAGAAAGGGCAGACUUGAUAGAUUAUCUCAAAAAAGCUACAAAUGAGUAAUAGUUGGCCAUUGCCUUAUUUAUUACAAAAGAGAAAUAUCUCAUGGC